AUGAGUUUCACCAGCUUUGGUUGCAGGUUCUGCUUGAAAACUAUUCAGCCGAACGAAAAAAUGGCUCUGAUUGAUGAGGAAGUCAAGAGUCAGUUUAUAAGUCUCACACAAAUUAAACUGGAUUUUAUGGAAGGAUUAUCAAAAGUUGUAUGUGAAGUUUGCCUUCGAUCUGUGCAGCUAGCUACAGCUCUUAAGCUCCAGUUUGUUGAGAAUCAAAAGAAAUUAUAUUCAGAGAUAGAAGAUAUUCAAAUUGAGACUCAGAAAUCAGAGAUUAAUCCAAAUAUACAUGACAUCCAGGAAUCUGAGAGCGAUUUACCAAAAUCAGUGCCUCAAUUCAUUAAUACAACGAUCCAUAAAGCAGUUCCAGUAAAAAUUAUACAAAAACCGCCAGCAAAAAAGCGAAAAAUCACUCCGAAAAAGAUAGUGUCAGAAAAUACUUCUAAUAGCUCAUUCGAAAUUCACAGCAGUAUUGAGAUAGAACCAGAAAUAAAGAUUAAGGAAGAGCAGUUUGAAGAAGGCGAAAUUCAAUUCCACAAUCAAUUUUUUGAUCAGUUUAACUAUUCAGACACAAAUCCAUUCGAUACAAAUGAUUCUGAUGAUCCAUCAAACAUGCUAGAAGAAAUGGAGAUGAAAACUGAACAAAAUACCUCUGAUAGUGCUCGUAAAAAAGUCCUGGUAAAGUCAACAGUGGCUGGAGAGCGUGUUUUUCCUUGUGUUUAUUGUGGCAAGCAUUAUAAUAAGCGUCACAUGAGCAGGCACAUAAAUGUUGAGCAUAAGAAGAUUAAAUUCCCAUGCGUGGUUCCUGACUGCCCAAGUUCCUAUUCAAGAAAAGAAAAACUCAGGAUUCACAUUCAAGCUAAACAUAUAGAUUGCAGCGAGGAAGAAUAUGCUGAAUUAUUAGAAAAAGUCAGAAAUUUAUUGCCAAUUUAUGAGAAUGUUAGUCACGUAGACAUAGACCAGCCUAAGAUCAAGUUUUACUGCGUCGUGCCUGGUUGUCAAACCAAUUAUACUCGUAAAAGGAAGCUAAAGGUUCAUGUUACAGAAAAUCAUUCAGAUUUAAGCCCCGAAGAGAUGGAAGAAGUAAAAACAAAACUUGAAGCUUUGGAGCCAGUCUAUGAAAUGUUUGAGGAUCCAGUCAUUAAACCUUAG